UACAGCAGCAACCAUUACCUCGCUAGCAACAGAAAGCAGUUUCAGACUUCUGGUCUUUGGGAACCCCCUCCACCCCUUUGUGUCCAAGUGGUCAGUCAACACAGACUGCCUUCUGUCACUGAAUAUUUGCACUCAAGAAGGCUAUAUUUCAAUACCUCUGUGCAGCAUGGAAUUUGUACGCAGCAGAAAGUGGCAUCUCCAAAUGGGUUGUCUCUUGAUGGUGAAUUUAGUUUAUGGCAACCUGGAAUAUCAAAAAGAAGCCUUUGCCGGCCUGGGAGAGAUUGAUCAUCAUUGUUGGGAAAUCUCCUCUCGUAGGCUGGUGGAAGUGAAGAAACUCAGGGUAUCAAGCACAGUUACUGCUCUCUGGGAAUUCAUGAUGUUCCUGAAAGGGUCGUCUAAACCCAAGCAUAAUGACAUCUUCAACAGUUUAGCUCAGAACUUCUGGGAUAUGUAUGUAGAAUGCAUUCUCUCAAGUUCUCACGGAAUGGGCAGGAGACAAUUAGCAUCCACAGAGAAUACUUUUACAUAUGGACAGAAAGCAUCAGAAGAUACUACCUUUUCCUCCAAUGAGCUCAAGGUUCUCCGCUCCCUGUUUUAUCUUCACAACAACCCUGUGAGGCUUCACAAACCUCAGCUGUAGAGCAAAGAGGCAAAUCUACAGAAGACACCUCACCCAGAUGAUUCCACACUGAACGAAGCUUUCAAAAAGCACAUAUUUUACUGUAGAUAUUUCUGAGA